GUUUAGAUAGCUGAGUACCUAAAAUACCCGCGGCCACAUUCGUUCGCCAUCCUUUCCAAACCCUAGAGCCGCCGCCACCGCCGCCGCCUCCGCCUCCACCGCCCCGCCGCGCUUCGUCUUCCCCUGCAGCCUAUCCUGCAACCAGCCGCAGCCAUGGCGGACGUUGACGUCGAUACGGAGGUCGCCGCCGCGGGGCAGCCCAAGAAGAGGACGUUCCGCAAGUACAGCUACCGCGGGGUGGACCUCGACGCGCUCCUCGACAUGUCCACCGACGACCUCGUCCAGCUCUUCCCCGCCCGCGCCCGCAGAAGGUUCCAGAGGGGCCUGAAGAGGAAGCCGAUGGCUCUCAUCAAGAGGCUGCGCAAGGCGAAAAAGGAAGCACCUGCUGGUGAGAAGCCUGAGCCUGUCAGGACCCAUCUGCGCAACAUGAUCAUUGUGCCAGAGAUGAUAGGCAGCAUAAUUGGAGUGUACAACGGGAAGACCUUCAACCAGGUUGAGAUCAAGCCUGAGAUGAUUGGGCACUACCUUGCUGAAUUCUCCAUCAGCUACAAGCCUGUCAAGCACGGAAGGCCCGGUAUCGGUGCCACCCACUCCUCUAGGUUCAUCCCUCUCAAGUGAAGGAUCCCAGGGCAUGCUCAUCUCUGGGCCUGCUGUUAUCUAUUAUCAGAUAAGAUUUUGUUCCUUAGCACUUAGUGUUUUGCCUGAGGAAAGUUUGUCAAACAAUGAAUUCUGGUUUUUCAGUGGAGUUGUGAGAACCUGAGCGCAAUUUCUGUUUUCAAAUUGAAAGUGGAGAUAUGUUGUCUAUGGUGCAAUUCCCUCCCCAUUGUCUUUCUGCGACUUCGCUGUCAUCGUUGUGUCGCACCUGUCAAUUCCAUAACAUGCAAUCUGCCUGGCCCAUUCAUUCAGCUGGGCAGCAAAUUUGCUA